UCUCUCUCUCUCGCUCUCUCGCUCUCUUGCUCUCUCUCUCUCUCUCUGUGUUUUUUUUCGCGGGCGUCGCGCGGAGGUUUUUAUGGUAAUUGCGGUCCCCCCUCCCCGACUGGCCUUCUGGGUAGGGCGCGCGUGAGUGAGAGAGAGAGAGAGAGAGUGUGUGUAUGGUAGUGUGUUUGAGUGUGAGUCAGGAGCCAGUCUCGCGCGCGAGCUCGGAACGAGCAGCAGUUUUUCUGUCUCUCCGGUCGCUCCGCUGCGCGUUCGGGAUCUCGCGCGUCCGCAAACCCGGGAACAAAAGAGCGCGCGCGGUGUGACGUGAGGAUUUAAAGGAAGAAGGAAAUAGAGAGAGAGAUAUGACCGUCGGGAUCGCGUGCUCUUUACCGGCGCCGGUAUAUCCCGCUUUGUGCGCGUGAGGAGCGCGGAGGCAGUGCGGCGUGUGUUCGCCCCCGGCAUGGCACCGCGAGGCGCGGGCACACCGAAAUAGUUUGUUGUGUGUAUUUGUGCUUGUUGUGUGUGUGUGUGUGUGUGUGCGCGCGCGUGUGUGUAAGAGUGUGAAACCGCCGGAGUCCAAAGGGAAGUACUCUUCUCGCGUUUCUGCGCUCCGCCACAUGGACUCGCGCUGCGCUCGGACACAAAGGAACGGCACCGGAGCUCCCUCUCUAAUUUUGGGGAAUUCAAAGAUGCGCGUGUGCGUUGCGCGCUCUCGGCACCGCGGUGUCCUCUGAGCGGAGACUUUCAAGUCCCGAGGACGGAGACAAAGUCGCGCUCUCACUCGGCUACUCUUUCAUCUCGGAUAUUUUUUUCUUUUUUUUUUUUGUUGUUGUUGCCCCGUCCCGACACGGCGCUCGCGCUCCGUUCGUCCUUUGUGACUUCUCUCUGUUGAGAGCAGAGAGAGAGCGAGGAGAACAUCGCUCGUGCACCGGAUUUCACACUCCUCUCAUUCACUACCGGAAGUCAAUCGAGGGAUGUUGCUGACUAGAACAUCGGCCGUGAACUAAUCAAGCAAUAGAAGUCGUGAUUCAAAGCAUGGUGGAUGCAAGUGCAGCCUGCAGAAUGAACCCACUCACAGCACUUGGCUUUGAUCGGAGCAGCCUAAUGCGGGAAAGCCUCCACGUCCAUGGAGGAAUAGUUUAUCCGCCAGGAAUCCGGACCCUGCCAACGGAAAAAGGAUAUGUUGGUGAUCGGAUGCCAGAGUUACUCUAUAAACCUGAUGUGACGCUGGACAGCAGAAAGGCCACUAAUGGCUAUGUUGGACUUUAUAAAAGCUCAACACCCGGGCUUCAGAAACCUCUGGUUGUGCCUGGAGCUGGGGCAGAGGCUUUGGGCUUGGAUAGACGUGUCGGACCUGUUGAUAAGCCCUCUGACCUGGGAUUAAACGGUGGCAGCAGCACUGGCUACCUGCGUCUCCCAUGGACGAGCCCUUAUCAUGAGGCAGGACUGUAUCCCUUUCUAGACUCCAGCAAGUAUGCUGCUUUGAACAUGUACAAAGCGUCGUUUAUGUCGCAGCCUUCACCGUACCUGCCCCAGCACCUCGCCUACCAGUCGCUUUGUCCCGGGGCAGGAGGGAGUGCAGCAGGUGCUGAUCGCUUGUUCUAUCUGUCGCCUUAUCCCCCGGCCCCCAUUUCGUCCACACUUGCUCAUCCUUUACGAAUCCCAACAGCUACGGUAGCUCCUACGCUGUCCCCUCUGGUGCACCAUCAAGACAAAACCUUACAGAGUAUUGGCCCAAGGAUUCACCAUGAGCCCUCUGCGUUUGGGCAGCAAGCCUUACAUCAGCAAGUUCAGUCCCACCACCAGGCACAAAGUGAGCGUCAACACUCGAGUGGUGGAAAUACUAAUAGCAGCAGCAAGUCUAAUCGAACUCCUUCUAGCAAGUGCUCCAGCAGCAGUAGUAGUACCAUUAGUAGUAGCAGCAGCACUGUUACUAGUAGUGCGACCAUAACCAGCAGCUCUAGUGCCAGUAAUCCAGUAGAUUCGAGCCCUUCUCUGGUGAUGCAGGCACCCCGCCCCACUGCACGACCCUCCAACCCCCCUGGUGCCCCCCCACCUAUAGGGGACAGCACGUCAGAUUUUCAAAAGAACGUAUUUCGCAGUCCUGCGUCCUCGUUAUCAACACCACCCACUCCAGCAGUUUCCCAUCCAUUCUAUAUAUCACAAGAGCAUCGCUCCCCACUAAGGUCUGCUAGUCAGAAGCCUAAAUCUAAAGAAGGGAGCUCAGAGCAGCAGAGGAGUGGAGGAAGCGAGAGGAAAGGGUGUAGUUCACCCAUUAAAACCUCAGCUGAAAAACCUGUACAACAGGGGCCCCCUACCAAAGACCCAGCAGACAAGCCAUUAGACCUGUCUGCCAAGAUCAUGGAUUUUGAAGGACCUCCUAAUGGAUUUCCUCCAAAGCUAGAAGCUUUAGCAAACCUGGGCUACUCUCCCAACUCUCGAUAUGGACUUCCUCCAAGCAGAGAGCUUCUAAAAGAGACUCUUUCUCCCUCAUCAUCUGCUGUCAGCACUUCUUCUAAAACUCCAGAGAGGCCUGAGAUUAUUAGCACUUUACACUCUUCCUGGGUGGUGCCGAGCACAACGCAGCCACCCUGUUCCGAAUCCAACCACAACAAAGGUGCCACAGUCAUCAAAAAUAAGAAUCUGGAGCAUGUCAUUUCACAGCCUAGGAGCUCUUCAUGUCCGAGGAUUGGAGAACCCAACAACGUUGUUGUAUCAAACCCUCCUCCUCCUGUUGUAACUACAACGUGUCGUCCAUCAUCUGCUUCUCCAUCUCCUAAGAUUAAUGGAGAUUGGCCCAAGUCUGCACCUACCCCACCAGAAAAGGGCCAAUCCACUAAUCGUGGUAGCAGCCAGCUAUUAGCCUCAAAGCCUGUGAAGACCCCUAAAAAGUCAGAUACGCCUGAAAUUGGCUUCAAACCCCAACAGUCUCACCUAGAAAAUGGACAUCCUCCCCCUCACCUCUACAUGACCCAAGGAGAAGCCUACUUGCCCACCAGCUUGGCAUAUGCUAACAGAUACCUUCCAUACACUGUUCCAGACAGCAUGUCACUUCCACACUUGCAGUUGCCCAACAAAGGACCGGUGUACCCCCAUCCAGUCCUGCUGAACACCAACAGCUUGUAUUCUGCCCGUUUGCCUCACAAGUCUGGUCUACCUUAUGGAAUACCAUCUAGUCAUGGAGAAUACGUAACCUACCAUGAUUCACAAGAGAUGAUUCAUCCCCUGAUGGCUUCCCACUUGCCUCUUGACCCGAAAGUCAAUGAGCUGAGGUCCAGGCCUCAGGAUAAGUCUUGGCAGCAUGAGGAGUCUUACAAACAGCACAGUAUUUCGGACACAGACACACGCUACACGACUGAGAGGGAAUCCGAGGGGCCAGAAGUUUCGAGCUGUAAACCUCACACAGUGAGCAAAGACGACAUCAUCUGCAUCGACCUGGUCCAAGACGACACAGAUGGCAGUCCUGAGCCAGACAAGUACAGCACUACUCCUGCCAAGCAGAGAGAGCCUACCAAGCCAGCCGGCAGCGGGACAGGGGAUGGGACGAGGAGUGCUGGUAAUUCCAAAGCGAAGGAGCCAGAACUCAUGCAGAUCCUGCGCUCUAGCCAGCCAGUUGAAUAUAAGCCAGCUGAGGCUGAGCGGCGGCCAGAUCCCUGCAGUCCUCCAGAGCCGCAGGAGCGAGCUGAAUCUCCUGGGCAAAGCCAGGGCGAGGAGAGUUCCAGUGAGCCCAGCCCAUUGCCUCCUUUGCUGGAAGAGCAGACUUUGCGCUGUGCCAGGACCUCCGGUGACCGAGUUCGACCAGACGCCACAAAUUUCAAACCCGAUAGGCACCACGCCAUCCGGCAGUAUAUGGAUCUGGGCAAAGAACGAGAAAACAUGGAAUCUCUCGAGGAUGAUGAAGACGGACAUGGGUGCUCAAAAAACAAACGCUCCAGCCUGGCUAAACGGAUCGCUAACUCAUCAGGAUAUGUGGGUGACCGUUUCAAAUGUGUCACCACCGAGCUUUACGCUGAUUCCAGUAAAUUAAGCCGGGAACAGCGCGCCCUGCAGAUCGAAGUCCUAUCAGCAGAGGACAGUAAUUUCAGUCAGCCAGCCGCUAACUGGGAGCGGGCAAUGAUGCGUUUCUCUGAGCUGGAGCUAAAGGAGAAGGAGGGAUGCAUGUCUUCCAGCACCGGGCCAUGGAGAGAGCGAGAGAAAGAGCGAGAGAAGAGUUUGGCUGAGAGCCAGUGUGGCGAAACAGAGUGGGAGCCGAGCCAGCGCUGCUCCAAACCUCCAACAGAGCACAACGGUGGGAACCGUGUCCCCGUCCUGCAGCGCUGUGGCCCUUCGGAACGAGACGUGAGGGAAGAGAGAAAGGAACAGAGCCAAGCCCACCAGGACGCCAAGCGCUUGGCCGAGGACAGAGAGAGGGACGGAGAGAGAGAGCGAGUGAGAGAGAGGGAGAGAGACGGAGAGCAGGAGGAGGAGGAGGAGGAGCAGGCCGCGGUGCCGGCCAAACGGGCGCGACUCAUGCCAGAGGCGUGGUGCCAGCCAUCCGAACAGGAAGUGAAGAACCUGAAGGUGUGCAUCGAGCUCACAGGGCUGAGGCUCAGCAAACCCAGACAGCUCCAGCACCUCCAGGAGCUCUGGGAGCGACACGACAAGCCCGACCUCUGCCCUCGCGAGGGGCCGAAGGUCACAUCCUGCACCGAGAGAAAGAGCAAGCCGAAUGGCGACGUAGAGAAAGCAGCGAGGAGAAGGGCAGAGGAGGAGAGGGGGUGGAGCAGAGACACGCUGGGAUAUGCAGAUGCUGACACGGCCCUCCCGGUCCUGUCUGCGGAAAAGCUCCGCCCCUCACCGUCCCUGGACGACGCCCUCUUGCCUCGGCCACGGCGUCACGGUGACCCCGAAAAACCCAAAGGCAAGCGACAGUGCAAGACCAAACACCUCGGGCAGCGGGAGCUUCGGGCGCUCACGCAGUCAGCCAAUGAGGAGCUUAGCCCCGCCCACCCGCUCAAGGUUGCGAAGCGCAGCUCUCAGAAGUCAGAUUACGAGCCCAAGCCGUCGCCCCCUGUGCCCACCGCUGUCACCACGGUGCCCACUGCUGUCGCCACGGCGACGUCUGCGCCAGCUCCGAUGCCCCCUGAGGCUCGCAGACUCAUCGUGAACAAAAACGCCGGAGAGACGCUGCUGCAGAGAGCAGCUCGCCUCGGCUAUGAGGAGGUGGUGCUGUACUGUUUGGAGAAUAAAGUGUGCGAUGUGAAUCACCGUGACAACGCCGGAUACUGUGCGCUGCACGAGGCGUGCGCCCGGGGCUGGAUCAACAUCGUCCAGCACCUGCUCGAGCACGGUGCCGACAUCAACUGCAGCGCACAAGACGGCACCAGGCCUCUACACGACGCAGUGGAGAACGAUCACCUAGACGUCGUGCGGCUCUUGCUGUCAUACGGCGCCGACCCGACGCUUGCCACGUACUCGGGCCGCGGCCUGCUCAAGAUGACGCACAGCGACGUCAUGGAGACCUUCCUCUCCGACUACUUCACAGACCUGCAGGGCCGAGAGGACGACGACCCCGGUGUGUACUGGGAGUUUUACGGCAGUGCUGUGUGUGAGUCUGCCGAGGACGCCGCAGCGUUUGACGUCCUGGCCGACCCUCCCGGUCCCGAGGAGGACGAGGAGCAGAGGGACGUGUUUGAGUUUGAGUUCUCGGACCGACCGCUGCUGCCCUGCUACAACAUCCAGGUGUCCCUCUCACAAGGGCCCAGAAACUGGCUGCUGCUCUCCGACGUGCUGAAGCGCCUGAAGAUGUCGGCACGUGCCUUCCGUUCCACCUUCUCGCACAUCGAGGUGGUGACGAUUGCUGAGGCCGAGUUCUACAAGCAGGUGUCGCUCAGCCCGCUCUUCUCGUGCCCCGAGGAACUCGAUGGCUUCCUGCCCGACAGCAAGGAGCUCCUGGACCUGGUGGAGAUCAGCGCCGAGCUCGCCGCGCUGCUCGGUUCCUCGCUUGAGUACCUGGACAACCGCCGGGAGCCUCGCUCAUGACACUAACGCGAACAAUUUUGCUCGCACGCAAGCACGCACACGCUCCUACCAGGAGACGAACGUUUCCCCGCCAGGCGAGGUGGAUGAAAUCAGAGACUUGUAGAAAGUGUACAUAGCGCAAGAGGACGAAUCUCGGACGCGGAUUACUCUCCCGGCUACGGCGAGACACGGACUCAGUCACCGAGAAGAACUUUUGUUUGAGAUGUUUUAUAAAAAUAUACAUAUAUAUAUAUAUAUAUAUAAAUAUAAAUAUACAGUCGCUGUAUUUUAUUUGUGAUUAUAUAUAGAUAUAAAUAUAAAUAUAUAUGAAGUUGAAUUCUAACCUCUAAUGUGCGGGAGACUAGCGUACAGCUGUGUGUGCGGUAGUUUGUGACUUAAACUAGUGCACUUCUUGAUGGAGUUCCUUCGUUUGUUCUUCUUGUCCGUCCCAGGACAAUUUUAGCACAGUUUAAGUUUUUUUUUUGUUUGUUUGUUUUGUUUAUUCUUUAACUAGCUAACUAGCAGACAGACAUUUUGUAGGCUAGUCAAUGCUUUGUGAGCUUUGCUUUUGUUUCGUUUGUUUUUAUCUUUUAUUUAUGAUUGCAAAAAAAAUAUUAAGAUAUUUUAAACAUGGCUUUUUUGGAGGUAAAUAUUAAAAGUGAAGUGUAAAAUACUAUUAAUUAAAGCUUUGUUAGGAAACAGGACACAGUCGAGGUUGUACAUAAUGAGGCAAAGAUUUGAGUAAGUUGUUUUCCGACUUGUGUGUCUAUUGUUUUUGGAGACGUGUCGAAACUUUGUAAUUUACACGCGCUAUCAUUUGUAUUUAUAUUUUACAACAAAAAAAAUCCUUUAGAUAAAUGGCAAUAAAAGAUACCCUCCAUCUUGUAUGACA